AUGGGGGUGAAGGGGAAGAUCCAGUUUCUCCAAGCCGAGCUCUGGAGCAUGAAAGGUGCCCUUGAGAAGGUCUCCAACACACCGGUAAACCAGCUUGACAUUCAGGACAAGAUCUGGGCCAAUGAUUUGAGUGAGCUGUCCUAUGAUAUAGAGGAUAGCACUGACACAUUCAUGGCUAAGGUCCACCAUGGGAUUGCUACUGAAAUCGAAGACAUCAAGAGCCAUGUGGUAGAGGUGCACAAACGGCGGCGCAGGUAUGAGGUCAGCCAUGGUGUUGAUAAGGAUGCCACAACUACCGUGGACACACGUUUGUUUUCUCAGUAUGCAGAGAUUAAAGAGCUUGUUGGCAUUGAUGAGACCAUAGAUGAGUUAGUCAAGAUUUUGAUGGGUGACAAUGGAGUGCGCUUGCAGCAAGGCAAGAUAGUUUCCAUUGUCGGAUUUGGGGGGCUCGGAAAGACAACUCUUGCUAAUGCAGUGUAUGAGAAGAUUGGGGCACUAUUUGAUUGUAUUUCAUUGUCAUUGAUGAUAUAUGGGAUAUCUCAGUCUGGAAAGCAAUUAAAUGUGCUUUGCCUGAUAAUGAUGUCGGAUACGCAAUUAUCACAACUACAUGCAUGUAAUUCUGAUGGUGCACAAAAAGCUGGUGGUGCAUACAUGUUGAAACCCCUUUCUGAAAAUAACUCCCGAAAGUUACCGUAUGGAAGAAUAUUUGCUAAUGAAAACAAUGGAGCAACAGAAAAAUGUCUAGAUGAGGUAUCUGAUAGAAUACUAAAGAAAUGUGCUGGUGUACCCUUGGCCAUUAUUACAGUGGCUAGUUUGCUCGCUUGUAUAGCAAGAAAUAAGAUGAACUGGUAUGAGUUGUACAAUGCUAUUGGUACUGGUCUUGAAAAUAGCCUAGACGUGGAGAAUAUGAGAAAUAUUUUGUCAUUUAGCUAUUAUAAUAUGCCAUCCUAUAUGAGGACUUGCUUACUAUAUUUAAGUGUCUUUCCAGAAGACUACCGAAUUAGAAAAGAUCGUUUGAUAUGGAUGUGGAUAACUGAAGGCUUUAUUCAAUGUGACAUACGAGGGAGUCUUUUUGAGCUAGGAGAGAGCUAUUUCAAUGAACUCAUUAAUAGAAGUAUGACCCAACCCAUAUAUGACGUGGAUGGCAUGGUAUAUGCAUGUCAUGUGCAUGACAUGGUGCUUGAUCUCCUCCGCUCCUUGUCGAGUGAAGAAAACUUUAUUACUAUAUUAAAUGGCUUGGAUCACAAAUCUCUACCAAGUACAAUCCGAAGGUUGUCCCUUCAUAAUGGCAAGGGUGAUGAAUUAGCAAUUGACAACUCCAACAUGGGCAUUCUUGAAGAAUUGGGCCAGCUGACUGAACUGAGGGUGCUGAAAAUUGUCUUGAUUGAAUGGGAUGACAAACUAGUGGGGUGCCUAAACAAACUGCAAAAGAUCCAGGAUCUUAGUAUCUGGGCCUAUGCUUGGAUGAGCCCUCCGUCGUCGCUUCUGCCGGACCUCUCCUCCCUAUCCAUCCUGGUAAGGGAGGUUCGGCAGGCAGAUCUGGAUAUCCUCAGGAGGUUGUCGGCUCUCCGCUAUCUGAAUCUGGAGGUGGACCAUGAGAAUCUUGGAAUCAUCCUUGGAGGACUUGUCAUUUGUACCGGUUCGUUCUCAUGCCUGGUGCAAUGCAGGUUCUGGAACUUUUUAGUGCCUGUAGCGUUUCAGGAAGGAUCUAUGCCGAGGCUCCAAACCCUUAAGUUCCAGUUCUCUGUACGAGGGUUGAGAUCAAUCGCUAGUGGAAAUGGUGGUCUCGACUUGGGCCUAGGGAACCUGCCGUCAUUCCAGCACCUUAACGUUCAUUUGGACUCUCAAGGCGCUAGUAAUGAGGAGGUGGAGGAACUGGAGGCUGCACUCUGGCAUGCCAUUGACAUCCAUCCUAAUCAUCCCCAGCUGUACAUAUAG